AUGGCGUCAAAUUUGCCGGGCAGUGAAACGCCUGACGGACGGCCCUCCAAACGGCGCCGUGUAGCCAUCGCCUGUGAUGCAUGCCGAACCCGCAAAUCCCGAUGUGACGGCAAGCGGCCAAGCUGCUCGUUAUGUCAGGAUUUGGGGUUUGAUUGUGUUUACACACCGCCACCAACGGCCGCUAAUGUCAUCGUGCAGAAGGACUAUCUGCAUGGACUUGAAGAUAGGGUCAAAAGGCUUGAACAGUCGCUUGGGGCUGUUAGGGGUGAUUUGGACGGGUUGGUGAAAAGAGUUGUUCAUGGGCCCGAAAAGGACAGGGAGCCCGCUAUUCCCGGUCAAAAUACUGAGGAGAGUCGGGAUGAGACGAGUUUUGCUGCACCGAUGUCUGGUUUGAUUGGGACGGAGGAUUCAGUCGAUGGUAUGGGUGCGGUAAUUUUCGCUGACGAGGAGGAUUCUGGGUUCUUUGGCCCUUCUUCAAAUAUUGCAUUUCUUCGACAUUUGUCGAGCGCUAUUGUCCAACCAGGCUAUUUUCCGUCACCUGGCGCCGCUGAAGGUGGCUUCGUGAAUGCAUCGAGGCCAUCAUCGCCACUACGCCAGGCAGGUCAGGAUCGGCGAAUACAAGUCAAUAUUUUUGCUUUACCGCCACAGGCAGACGCUUUGGAGCUCAUCGAACGAUAUUUCUCUAACACGGGCUUACUAUUUCCUUACAUAUACCCACCCGUCUUCCUAGACACAUAUCACCAGAUGGCAACGGAGAACUUCAGUCGGGUACGGAGAACUUGGCUUGGUUUGUUGAACAUGGUGCUGGCUAUGGCUACUAUCACUGCGAUCCCUGGAAGUGCAAGUGCAGAUGCUCGGAUCAAAGAAUCCGACGUCUUUUAUCAGCGUGGCCUUGGAUUGUGCGGGAGUGAAAUCUUGCGAGGGACAACCCUAGAAGUAGUACAAUAUCUGCUUCUGAUGGGUCAAUACCUACAAGGCACCCAAAAGUCAAUACAAGCAUGGACCGUCCAUGGAUUAGCCGUCAAGGCCGCUCUCCAGCUUGGAUUACAUUCGCGACAUGCGUCUAAAGUAUUUUCACCGAUUGAGCAGGAAAUGCGAAAGCGGACUUGGUUCGGUUGUGUGGUUUUAGACCGAACCCUGAGCAUGACGUUUGGUAGACCAGCAGCCAUUCCAGAUAGCUACGUCAAACUUGAGCUUCCCACGAAACGGAAACUUGAGAAUUCACCAGGACUUGUUGAUGACGAGACGGCGGCCUUGAGCGUUGCGUUUUUUAACUCGACAAUUGGACUCUAUAAGCAACUUUGGAACGUCCUAGAGCUUCUCUAUGGCCAAAAUAUUGGCUGUGAUGAUCCAUUGCCAGUGAGCGAAAAUGUGGCCCAUAUCUUCAGCCUGGAACAGCAUCUUUUCUCAUGGGAACGGUCGCUUGCCCAUCCGUUACGACUUGUAUCGUCAGCUAGUAUUGAAAAUUUGCCCCGUGAUCAAACGUCGUCCAACUCACAAUAUCUCUCGUUGAAGUUUCAAGUCAUUCUGACCUUGAGAUAUCUCAAUCUUCGAGUCCUGCUCCAUCGCCCAAUACUGGUCAAGUUCAUCACCGCAAGUAGGUCCCCUGAUCGCGAUCCUCAAGAUAUGAGAUUGCUGCAGCAGAUCGGUAUGAAUAGCCUGCAGAUAUGCGCAGAUUCUGCAAUGGAGAUCAUUGAUAUUGUACAUCGCGUGGUAUCAGAACCUGGAUGGAAGCGCAGCCUCUUAGGGGCCUGGUGGUUCUCAUUGUACUACACUUUUAAUGCGGCACUGGUCCUCAUCGGAGUGGGCUGGGUCUACCGCGAUACCACCCUAACAAGUUCCACGAUGACAAAUCAAGCAAGCAAAGUCGGACAAUAUCCCGGCCGUGCAGUAGCAGCACUUUCGAGGCUCGACGACGGCAAUCGACUGAUCGACCGAUGCCGGUAUUACUUGGAACAACUCAGCAAGGUCUUGAACGAUUCUGAAACGAACCUAGAUGCAUCGACUACAGCCCUUCCUGCUCUUCAUUGUACUCGAACAGGUCUCAUAAGGGACGACUUCAGUCUCUCGCCCUUUGGUAUGGAACUCGGCGAGUUCAUGAUGGAUGGGGAUCUUGUCACGAUGAUGGAUCGUCAGGGACUUCUUCCUGUAGAUCCUGAUUCAGCCUUUACUACUUGA